GAUUGGAGAGGCGGGCCAAUGAGCGGGCGCAGACGCUCCGGGAAGCCCGGCCUCCCUGAUUUCAACAGAUUGAAAUGCAAGCCUGUCUCCGGCGCCUUCGGGAAACAGAAAGAGAUUUUUGUCCCCUCUUCUUCAUUUUGUCGCACAAGAAGUGUUUUUUUUUUCCCUCGAGUGCGGACACGCUGGAUGUGCGGCAGGAUCCACGGAGGCGGCACAGAGCGGACACCGUGUACUUCCUUUGCGGCUUCAACACGAUGGGUGAGUUCAACUGUGCUUUUUUCCCUGUCGGUACGGGAGGAUGCAGCAAUCGGUCCUCAUGGGAAGAACCUGCCUUCGGUGAGGUGAACCAGCUCGGUGGCGUGUUCGUGAACGGCCGGCCGCUCCCCAACGCCAUCCGGCUGCGCAUCGUGGAGCUGGCCCAGCUCGGGAUCCGGCCCUGCGACAUCAGCCGCCAGCUCCGCGUGUCCCACGGCUGCGUGAGCAAGAUCCUGGCCCGCUACAACGAGACGGGCUCCAUCCUGCCGGGGGCCAUCGGGGGCAGCAAGCCGCGGGUCACCACACCCACAGUCGUCAAGCACAUAAGGACUUACAAGCAGAGGGACCCGGGGAUUUUUGCCUGGGAGAUCCGGGACAGGUUACUGGCCGACGGCGUUUGCGACAAGUUCAACCUGCCUUCCGUGAGCUCCAUCAGCCGGAUCCUGCGGAACAAGAUCGGGAAUCUGGCGCAGCAAAGCCAGUACGAGUCGGGCAAGCAGGCGCCUCACCCGCCGCCGCAGCCGACCUUACCCUACAACCACUUGUACUCAUACCCAGCGUCCAAAGUGCCCACUCCUCCCGGCAUGCCCACCCUUCCCGGACACAUGGCCAUGCACAGGAUAUGGCCCUCCUCGCACUCUGUCACAGAUAUUCUGGGAAUUCGAUCUAUCACAGAGCAACAAAGUAAGCAAGGCUGCGCACAGGCCUUUAGUGACAGUCCAUCAUUUUCCAGCGCCAAACUAGAAGAAUGGAGCGCUAUAAACAGGAGUAAUUUCCCACCAGCAAGCUCUUCACUAGUCAGUGGCAUGGAUAAGGCGCAUUUAGAACCCCACGAAGCAAAAUACACACAGACGCCGAGUGGCUUGCCCACAGUGAACAGCUAUGUCACAGCGCCCAGCAUCCCUCCCUACCACCCUCCCACCCAAGUGUCACCCUACAUGGGGUACAGCGCCACCACGUCGGCCUAUGUGACCGGACCCACGUGGCAGCCGGCCAGUGGCAAUGCUCUAUCUCCCCACAGCUGUGACCUCGCCGCCCCUCUGGCCUUCAAGAGCUUGGUGGCCAGCCGUGACGCCAUGCACCCAGUCGCUGCGUCGGCGCUGUGAGGUCUCCUACGAGGACUAGAGACGGACAGGGGAGAAACAGUGAAAGGGCGUGAGGGUGAGUGGACAGGACAGGACGCUUCAGGUCUUAUUUUGCUCCUGCUGCCAGCCUUCUAUGAAGGACUCAGAACCUUUAUCCGCUCCACUGAGUGUGGGACAAUCUCCCUCAACUCCCCCACUGCCCUCCAAGCUCAGCACAGCGAGACCAAAGACUCACAAGGAGCAAAUGGUUAAUACAACAGACUUGUUGUCUAAAAGAACUUGCAGAACAGGUGUUUUGAAAGGACUGGUGCGUGACCACCACUCUGCCCAUCAACACUAUUCCUCUCAGAUUCUUUACUGGACACUCUUUGGGCAAAAACAGGGGUAAUGUACAACUUAAGAAAUAUUCAAUCAACCUAAGGGAAAACACUUUGCAUGAGUAUUUCAGGGUGCUUGUUAAUUAGUUUAGCUUUUUUAAAGUUUGUAUGCCUUUUGUUGUUUAUGAUUUGAUAAAUGGAGCAUUUCUUUCCCACUUCACUAAAAGUGUAGCCAAAGAAAGAGCUCCACACAGAAGUUUUAUUUAUUAGAUAAAGGUACGUUGAAUGAAGUGCAAUUAGCGUUGCAGAAAGCAUGGAUGUCUCCAUGCACAUUUGGACAGAAUUGGAAUUAUGUUGCAGAGCAUUAACAAUUGACAAAUGUUGCACAGUAAAAUUGAAUGUAUCUUAUUAAAUUGUUUGGCCGUUUA